CAAUAGCUUGAAGCAACGGGGGCGGCGGCUUUGCACAGCGGAGCAUGAAGCGGCGGAGCAAAGAGGCGCCCGUGCCUUCGGGGUGCCAAGGCAAGGGGAUCGCCCCCUCUUCCUCCUCGCCCAAGGUGGGCCAGGCCGCGUCCACAGCCAGGUCCCCCCUGCAACCUGCCGGGAGGCUUCUGGACAGGUUCCAAAUGAGUAAAAUCAAGAAGUUGCUACUGAAUGUAUUUAUUGUGUAUGCCUCUUUCCCCUUCGUCAUCCGAGCAUUUCCUUCGCUCUUACGAAAAUUUGUCUUUCUAAAUUUUUUGUCGUAUCCCUUUUGGGUGGAUUUUCAGAAGCCCGAAGUGUAUUUGAAUCACACGACAAACUUUUAUCUCACCUCUGAACCAGGAGUCACUUUUGGCAUUUGGCAUGCACUGCCUGACAACAGGCGGAAGGAGGCGGAAGGAAAAGGCCCCAGCUGGUAUGAAGAGGCCCUUGCGGACGAUAAUCCCAUCAUAAUCUAUCUCCAUGGCAAUGGGGGCAACAGAGCAACAAGCCACAGAGUUCAGUUCACAAAGGUGAUGAGCGGCGGCGGCUUUCAUGUCCUGGCUGUUGACUACAGAGGAUAUGCAGACUCCACCGGCCAGCCCAGCGAGAAUGGCUUCACGACGGACAUCCUGUGUGUCUAUGAUUGGGUGAAGGCACGUAGCAGGAACAGCACUGUCAUCAUGUGGGGAAAUUCCCUUGGCACCGGAAUUGCUACCAACACUGCUAGGAAGCUGAAAGAAAAAGAUGGAAUCAUCGUGGACACAAUAGUUCUCGAGGCUUCUUAUACCAACAUCCGGGAUGCAGUUGCCACUAUCCACCUUACAAAAAUCUACCGCAAGUUUCCUGGCUUUGAAUAUUUAAUCUUGGACACAACUGCCCGAGCCGAUAUGUACUUUCCUAAUGAUGAAAACCUCAAGGUGUUGUCCAGUCCUAUCUUGAUCUUGCAUUCAGAAGACGAUGGAGUUCUGCCUAUACAGCAUGGGAAAAAGCUCUUUGAGAUCGCAUACAACGCCUCCCAGAGGAAAGAAAACGUCAAGUUUAUUUCCUUUCCUGCUGCCAUGGGUUUAGGACACGACUACAUCGCCUUCCACCCGGAUCUUGCAGGCAUUCUGAAAAACUUCCUCAAGAGCAUUAAGUGACAUCAGAACAGCAAAAAGAAGCCAUAGAUGUCGCUUCAACACGCAGAGUUCACAGUUUUUUGGACUGAUUUUCCACACAUAAUAAAAUGAAUAGUGAAAAAGGAA